UUUUUUUUCAUCAUUUCCCACCAACACCUCUCCUUCCCGCUCCCUCUCUCUCUCUUGCCCUCUCCCAUGUGUAUGUGUACGAACUCCCUCCUCCUCUUCAUCGAUCGCUGCCUCCCAUGGUGUGAGUGGCCGUGCGGCUCUGCUUCUGUCCCAGUCGGACACUGGCUGAAAUUGAUGGCGACCACCCCGGCCAGCAGCACAGACCGAAGACCGCUCAGGAGGCUCCGCUCCACGAGCGACAUCCCAUAUCUGGUUGAAGCCAGAAGAUCCUUCAAUCUGCGGACAGCUGAGGAAGUAGAGAGGCUGUCUGCCAUGCGCUCCGAGUCCCUGGUCUCUGGCACACACACUCCACCCAUCCGUCACCGGAGCAAAUUUGCGACUCUCGGAAGACUCCUCAAGCCUUGGAAAUGGAGAAAGAAGAAGAGUGAAAAGUUCAAGCAGGCAUCUGCGGCUUUGGAGAGGAAGAUGUCCCUGCGACAGAGCAGAGAUGAACUCAUCAAGAGAGGGGUUCUGAAGGAGAUCUUUGAAAAAGCUACUGUUGAAUUCCGAUCCUCUAUGGACGGCGGUAUUUGCCCUCAGGAACACUCUAUUAAGACAUCUAUGGUCCUGCCCACCAAGAAAUCUGUAUCUUUUCCAAGUGACCAUCAGGAGACCCCAGCCAAGCCCCCACUUUACCACAAGCAGCCUCCUGCCCUGCCUCCAAAGCCGUUUUCUAGGAUCCCAAACCAUAGCACAGAUUCUUGCCAGCCAAUGAAAUUGCCCUUCAUGCCCGGUGCAAAGCACUCCCCCCCCUUGCCUCCUAAGAAAGUGAUGAUCUGCAUGCCUCCAGGUGGGCUGGACUCUUCGCCAUCUCCUUCCCCCAACCCUCUCAACACGUUCCCGCCAAAGUGCGCGCCCCUCCAGGGCUUACCAUUUCACCACGGCACGUUGCUGCCCUCCCAGCUCGCCGGGCUGACCGGGCUCCACCAGAGCCAUGGCCACCCGCUCCAGCUCCAGUAUGGCGGGCUGCACGCCCCCAGCCGCAUCAUAGAGGAGCUCAAUAAAACCCUGGCACUAUCCCUGCAGCGAUUUGAAAGUUAUGCUUUACUGGGCAGUGUUCAGUGUGCUCCCCUGGACAGGAGAGAAGUGCCAUCGGUAAUAAUUGACUAUGAGGACGACAAGGAGAACAUGCCCAAUGAGUCGGACUACGAAGACCUGCCCAGCAUGUACAAGGAUGAGGAGGAUGAUGAAGACGACGAUGAGGAGGACGACGAAGAUGACGACUCUAUAUUUACAAGUACACUGGCUAAGAAGGUCCUACGAAAAGAUUCUCUGGCCAUCAAGCUGAGCAACCGUCCAUCCAAGCGAGAGCUGGAAGAGAAAAACAUCCUGCCCAUGCAGACAGAUGAGGAGAGGCUGGAAUCAAGGCAGCAGAUAGGCACCAAACUCACGAGGCGCUUGAGCCAGAGACCUACAGCAGAGGAACUGGAACAAAGGAACAUCCUCAAACCUCGCAAUGAGCAGGAGGAAAUGGAGGAAAAGAGGGAAAUAAAACGGAGGCUGACACGAAAGUUGAGCCAGAGGCCCACUGUAGAGGAGCUGAGACAAGCCAAAAUUCUUAUCAGAUUCAGUGACUAUGUAGAGGUGUCUGAUGCGCAGGACUAUGACCGGCGAGCAGACAAGCCCUGGACCCGACUCACAGCAGCUGAUAAGGCAGCAAUCAGGAAAGAACUCAACGACUUUAAGAGCAAUGAGAUGGAAGUACAUGAGUCAAGUCGUCAUUUAACCAGGUUUCACAGACCAUAGCAGACCACAACUGUCUCGAGCAAUCCAGUCUGCUUCUCUGGAGGACCUCAAGUGCUGGACAGUAAAACAGUGCCGUCUCUUCAAUAAGGCCAUGUAUUCUGAAAUGCCUUUUCAGGAUUUCCACAUCUGAGUCAGCACUGCUCACCAAGAUGCUGACAACCACUGUUCAGUCCCUUAUAGUAGCACAAAACAACUCUAGGUAAUGCACAACGCCCCUGUAAGGGGCUCAUUCAACUGUCUCUUAAACCUCUCUGCUGAGCUCUCAGGCUGGUGCUCAGUGGCGUGGAAACUGGACAGCGGAAGAGUUCUUGUUUGCAGUUGAUUGACACUUGUGGCAAACCUACUUGGGUUCAUCAAUAACACCAGUGGACCUGUCUCAGUGGACUUGUUUUUAAUCCCUUUUUCUCUAUUAGGCUGUCAGUAAGAACUCAUUCAGCUCAACCCUGCUUAAGGAUGGAAAGUUGAUUCUUCUGAUCUGAUUUAAAUCAGAAGAAGCUCCAUCUUUACUGUACCUGCGGGGAUUUUAGAAAGAAAUAUGAAGGAGGGAGAGCCUCCAGCAUUAGAAUCAUGUGCAUUUGUUUUUCUUUCUGCUUUUCUCAGACUACAGCGCCCUCUGGAGUUGUGUGAAUCAUAUGUAGUCCUGAUCCUGCUCCUCCAUAUGUGCAAUUCUAAGUGUAACCAGCAAUGCUGACAUCUAAUUUGCUAACUGUGAAUUUGAGAGUCUGGAGAAUUCCCGGACUUUCUUCAGAUGUACAUUUUGUUGAUACUGAAGAAAGGUUUAAUUUAAGGAAAAAAAAUAUUCAUGCUUAAACAUUUAUUAAUGUCUUAUGCAUUUAAAAUGAAAUUUGCAGCUCACCGAAGGUUUUUGCUUUUAGUGUGCAACAAUCUUGUUUUUUUUAUUUAUCAGUUUUUAUGGUUUUAGUAGAGGCACUUCGGCCAUAAACACCUAAUUUAAAUGUUUUUAUGCAUUCCAGCGCUUUGAAGAAAGUAUUAAGUGAUUGCUUGCCACAUUUCUGUUUUUUAUAAUUGUUAUUUUUAUGUGUACUGUUACUAAUGUAUGUUUACUCUUGGCUCAAGAUGUGCACUGUAUUAUACACUUUAAUUUUAUACUCAUGUCCCUCAAGCUUUUAAUUGAGCAAUGUGUUUUUUGGGAGAAAAGGUUCUGGUGAAUCCCCCCACCCCCCUUUUUGGUUUUUCUUUUUUUUUCUGUGCACAUACUCGGUGCCUGUUUUUUGAGGUCUAACAGCUUGUUUUAUAUUGCCUCAGAGAGUUUGUGCAGCAUUUUAUUUCCUUUAAAGAGCCACCAAAAACUCUGCCUCGAUAGCUUUACCAACACAUUCGGACAAGGUGCGAUGAAAUUGUCAUUGCUUAUGAUGCAACCUGAAUUCAGCGUGACAGACACUGAUUUUAGUGUGUUAUCUAAGAGACCAUUUUGAACAUCUUUUACUGCUUAGGUAAUUUGUACUGUUAAGGGUUUGGUUUAUUUUUUUUCAGAUGUGGCAAGUUAGUUUUGUUUUUCUGAUAACUGAUCCCCAAACCAGUAUUCUACCACUCAUACUUUAUGUGCUCCUGUUUUUUUCUUUCUUAAUAUUUUGUGCUCUAUUACUUUGGAAGUUACCAAUGAAAUUUCUUUGAGAUGAAGAAAUGCAGCAAAGAUUUGAAGCUGAUUCAUCUGUCUGCAAAGGAACAUGGGUUCUGUAGUAUUUUAAAGAUCUAAGUAGUGUUAGAUGACCUGAUGAAAUAUGGGGAUGAAAAACAUGACAUUUCUUUGCACUGCAUGUUUCUAAUAUGCCAGAAAAGGGGUGAUCACAAUCUAGAUCAGUCAUCACAUUCUUCUAGCGUUACCCCUUAGUGGAAAGUACUCCGGAUUUGAUUAGGCCAUCAAAUCACAGACAUUUAAGAGACAUAUGCAGUAUUUUGUGUUAAACACACUUUCUGAAGAACUCUAGCUUGGUUCCGUUUUAAAAAUAAAAUACUCACAGGAUCAGAACAAUGGAGCAUUAUAGUAAUGAACUUACACUAUUUUCAACUUAUAUCAUAACCUGAGCCAGUGAAUUGAGCAUGAGGUUUGGCAUUUUGCUGGAAUCAAGGAACAUGAUAUCAGCAAUAAUCGGUUUCCUUUAACAAGUUGGCCGAGCGAAUGAAAGUAGUCCUUUUAUUUCUGAAAUGCAGAAUACCAUGUAAGGAACACAUCAUGCCAAUUAAAUUAUAUUUCUGAAUGCA